AUGUUUUACUCGGAGACCCUCCUGUCGAAGACCGGGCCGCUGGCUCGCGUCUGGCUGUCUGCGAAUUUGGAGCGCAAAUUAUCAAAAACGCACAUUUUGGGCGCAAACAUAGAGAGUAGUGUCGACGCGAUCGUGGAUCAGGGUACAGCGCCAAUGGCGCUACGUCUCAGUGGUCAACUUCUGCUGGGCGUGGUGAGGAUAUACAGCAGAAAGGCGAGGUACCUGCUGGAUGACUGUAAUGAAGCAUUACUCAAGAUUAAAAUGGCCUUUCGACCUGGAAAUGUCGAUUUGCCCGCUAACCUCCAUAUGCCCAGCGCAGCCGCACUCACCAUUGAAGACAAGAUCAGUGAUCCGAUAAUGCCCGACUUAGACCCCUCACUUUUGGACUUCCGUCCUAUGGAUAUCGAUUUCAAUUCUAAAAAGGAUGACCCAUUGAAUUGGAACAGCCAGAUCUUGUCCGAUCCGACCAGUGUAGAGAUAGGCCGCCAUGCACCCGCCAGAGACCCCCGCGAGGAGUUUGAUGAAGAAGCUAUGAACAUUGAUCUCGAUCUGGAUCUUGGUUUGGAUGACGUCCCUACUUUGGAUUUUGGGCGCAAAGCAACGCCGCUGUCGCUAGACAACGAAGAAAUGGAGAUGAAUGACCCUUUGACUGACGAUUUUGGUUUUGGUGGCCAAACGCGACUUAGUAGUCGGGUACCUUCAUUGAUUGAAGACGAUGGCGGCAAGGAGCCUGAUAAUGAUCCCAUCCUGUUCAACGAAGACGACAACGUUCCAGCUCUAUUUGACGACCCUAUCAAUGUCCCAAAUCCGCCUACCAACCCUCGUCUUCAGAGGAACUCUCAAUCACCCUUGUCGUCCGCGCGAGAAAGUGUGACCCGAGAAUUUGAAGUAUCAAACAUACAGGACGUGGAGGAAUCCCCAAUACGUCAGGCUCGGCACAAGGCGAAGAAAAGAAAGGUGAUGCAAGCUGACUCCAUCACUAUGAUCUCCUCGGACGACAUCAAAAAGCAGCAGAAAGAUAGAUCAGCGAUUCUUAAACCAGUGUCCUUUCUUUCUCGCGAUCCUGCUUUACAGAAUCUGAUCAACAUGCAAAAGAAUGGUGGGUUUGUGUCAAGCAUAAUGGGCGAUGGCAGAGCAAAAGGGUGGGCCCCAGAGCUACAGGGCAUUCUGUCGAUAGAAGCCGUGCGCAAAUCAGGCGAAUUAAAGCGCAAGCGUGACAGUGGGGUUGCGGACGUCAGCGAAAAUGAGCCCCAAGAUGAAGACACCAGACCGCAACUCGAGAUUCCAGACGAGACAUUUGGUGCCCCUGAACAAAUGGGGGACGCAGGGUUUGAUGUUGAAAGCCGAGAACGAAGCGAGAUUCAUCUUCCAGCAGAUGACGGGAUGCUACCAGGCGACGAAGAUGCCAUUGCGGACCAACGUAACGAAGAGGACUCUGACCCAGGGCAAGAUCGAUUUGACGAGACUACUGCGCCACUCUUACAUCCAUCCGAGCAAGGAGCAGUAUCACAGGGAACGAAGCACGCGGUUCAUCUUCUGAGAGACCGGUUUGGGUCCACAGCGGAUGGCAGCCCCUCGAAACAGAAGAAAAGCCACAUCAUUUUUCAAAAUUUGCUACCACAAGCAAGCACAAGCAAGGCUGAUGCGACGAAGAUGUUCUUCGAGGUACUCGUGCUUGCGACUAAGGACGCGGUCAAGGUAGAGCAGAACAACCAAGACGUAGGCAGCGAUAUUCGGAUACGAUCGAAGCGAGGACUAUGGGGUGCGUGGGCAGAAACUGAAGCUGGUGGGGAGAUUGCGGAGCAAGAGGAUGAUGACGCACCUCCAGCGAUAGCAACAGCGUCUUAA